UUUUCCCUAUCUGCCAGAUACGCGCGCACAUCCCGCCCUGCAGCACACACAAAUCGCUCGUUCGCUCGCUGGCAGGUUUUUUGGGGUCCAGUGAAAAGGUCGUCAUUCUCACCGUUGUCUCCGGUUGUCGUCGGCGUCGCGUGCGCAAUUUCGUUCGAGAAAAUAAACCUUCAACUAGCGACGGCUAUCCGCGAGUUGCAAGUGCCCGGCCGCCUAAUUGGAUUACAAUGCCCAAGUGUUGCCAGUGCGAAGCGCCCUCGAAUCGCGGAAAACUCAUCUAAGAGCCCAGAUAAAAGUUUAUUGGAUAUAUUUAUUAGAACGCCUAAUAUCUGGAUUAAAGCAGCUGAGUCACUUGGAAUAUGGUUGUUAUAAAUGGCUACACCUUCAAGUCACAGCAACUGCUCACUCAUCAGCCCGAUCAUUCUCAGCUCGCCCAGUUCGCCCAGCCGCAGAGUCAGAGUGCGAAUCCGGGUCACAAUCCGAGUCCGGGUCACCAACAGGCAGGUGGAUCCAUGGCCAUGCCGGCGGCGUCGGCGGGGAAGGGGAAGCGGGAAUGGGACAUCAAUGAUGCGAUUGUGCCACAUGUUCCCGAUCAGGAAUUCGACGAGUUCAACGAGUGGAGCGAUGGCCAUGUGCGGCACAUAUACUCCCUUCACAAUGAGGAGGCCAAGAAGCACAUUUCCGGCUGGGCCAUGAGGAAUACCAACAACCACAAUGUGAACAUCCUGAAGAAGAGCUGCCUGGGUGUCCUGGUCUGCUCCCAGCACUGCACCCUUCCCAACGGAUCCAAGAUCAAUCUGCGUCCGGCGAUUUGCGACAAAGCCCGGCGGAAACAGGAAGGCAAAGCCUGUCCCAAUAAAAGUUGUCGAGGCGGAAGACUGGAAAUCAAGCCAUGUCGCGGUCACUGCGGUUAUCCGGUGACCCACUUCUGGCGGCAUUCCGGGAAUGCCAUCUUCUUCCAGGCCAAAGGAGUCCACGAUCACCUGCGUCCGGAUCCAAAGAACUCUAGUGUUUCGAAGAGGGCUUUUGGACGGGUUCCCCUUGGAGGAAAGGGAGUCAAUGGUGCAGUUGGAAAGAAGUCCGUCAUUGCGGGUCUAGUUAAGCAGGUGAAGCAGCAACAACAAAGUUUAAUGAGCAAGGUACUCAAGCGUCCUGCUGCCAGCAAUCCAUUGAGUCACUCCGCAUUGGAUAUAUAUCAGUACAACGCUUGUGGCAAGUGCACCACGUACAGCCACUGCACCUGUAGCUACCUGGAGGACACCACCGCAGUGAGAAGCGCCCAAAUGUCGCAAUCCUCGAACUACGGCACCAACUCCUGGCCACUCAGUGGAUCCGAGUCCUCGGCGCCCUGUGAAACCGCUGCGAAUGUUUUUACUGUGAACCACCAGCACAUCACCUACAACUAUCCCAUUUACCAUGCGACUCCGGCGGCGGCAACGGCGGCUCCGAGUAAAUCUCCCAGUUUGCCGUACACCUGCAGCAUCUCGGAACUGGCCGCGUAUCAGCAAUCCUCCGGUGGAAACACCUACGGAAUGGGGGCGCCAGUACAUGGACACACCCAGUGCCAGGCACUCGCCUACGAGUCCAGUCCGCAGUUGGCCACUCCGGAGCCAGAGUUCAUCAACUACUCGCAGAUCAAGCACUUGGGCGGCGGAAAUCAGGAGGAGAUCAGCUGCAAGGGUGAACCGGGAUCGGGUCUACCACCCACCAUAAAGUACAAUGCCACCGUGGAGACAACGCCGUAUGUGGAGGACAACUACGAGUAUUACUACAGUCCCAAAACGGAGUACGAGAUGCAGCAGCACCACCACCACCCACAGCACCACCAGCAGACCCACCAACAAUUCGGGGGAAAUCAGGCCGCGGGGCACCACUACUACGAGAGCGGAAGUGGUUACAACGGAGUAAGCUACUUCGACACCGCAACCACAACGACUCCGGGAAAUUCGGCAACCGGAAAUAGCCUGGAAACCGGAUACGGCAGCUACUACGAUCACUACUCCAGCUACGAACAACAGAUGGCGGUAGCGGGAGGUUUCGCAACUGCCGGAGGAUCCAGUGUAACGGCAGUGGCCCCGCCCCCCGGUCACCCACCGCCUCCGCCGCCACCGCCGCCCACGCUGACGUACCACCAUCACCACCACCACCAUUUGCACCACUCGACGGCGACAACAGCACUGGCCCCAUCGGUCACCCAUUGAAUAGUACUUAACGAUUCCGGAUGCCGGAGCAUUACUCAUAGUCGAUAGCUAAGAAUAGUGCAUACACUAGGAUAAGUUAUGAAAUCUUAAUUUCUUGAUUUAAUCUGUACGCGUAGUGUUAAACCUUG